AUGUCAUCAUCUCACGGCCAGUCUCUGUGGAAGCCGGUGGUCACCUUUACCGUCCUCCUGCCCCCCAUUGAGCAAUACCCGAUGGCAGAGAAGGGUAGUGAAGGGGGCAACUGGGCUCUUCACGAUCCCGACACCUAUGCCAGCUCCAAGAACCAGCAAGAGCGACAUGAGGUCGAGCAGUGCCUGGCUUGCGGCAACCCUUCCACCCGGAAAUAUCGCUGCCACUGCAAGGCAGCCAGGUACUGCUCUGCCCAGUGCCUCGAGGCUGACGACCUCCAUCAGCGGUUCUGUGUGGGCCGUCAAGACGCCAAGACCAAGCCUGCCUUCAGCCUUCCGUUGGAGAGUCGGCCAUCCAAGAACCACUUCCUAGCGGCGCUGCUUCCCGUGGAUGAAAGCGAUCCGAAGCCGAUCUGGAUCUCUCUCCAGAUGGACCGCAAGACUGGCAAGAUGAGUUUUGCUACCGAUGAGAUGGCCAUUGCGAAGGCGGCUGGCAAAUCCAACGAUAGCUCCGACCCUGACAUCAUUCACGUCGGUCUGAACUCGGUUGCGACUCCUAUUCAGAAGAGCAUUGCCCACGGAGUUGACGCCAUCAAAUUCGGUUCCUAUAAGGACACUUCCGUCAAUAGUAUCAACAGCUGCAUUCAGAGCUUUGGCAAGCCGGGGUUCUUGGCGUGCUACUUCGGCGCGGUUGUUGUCUGGACCUACGACCUCGAGUUCAACGGAGCCUUCAAGUCACCCCGCGACUUGGGCGUGCGCGACCUUCGCCACGCUCUUGACUGUCACGUUCUCAAUUCGGUCAACCCGGUCGUCUCCCAUCCCAGUCGAUUCAUCCUUGAGGGCGGUAUCAUCCCGGCUCUCAAGAUCAACGACCUUUCGGAUCGCUGGUUGGAGGCUCUGGGCGUCACCCGCCAAAUUGAGAAGGUUCACGUCGCCGCCUCGCACCAGUACUUUGAAGCCUCCCCAAUCGGCAAGCUUUUCCACCUCGGUCUUCGUUGGUAUGUGAGAACCGCAGUUCCAAUCGCCAUUGCUCCAACUGGAGAGCUCCACGAGGACCACGAGGAGAUCCUCCACCACUUCCGUCAGACGGAGGCACCCCAGAACACCGGCAUGCGCAAGGCCCAGCUCCAGGUGGUUGAUCUAAAGCAUUCUUCAAGCUUUCACCUGAUGCAGGUUUGCGGAAAGCAGAUCGAACCCGCCCACCUCAUUGCCGUAAUGGAAUAUUUCAAGCUCGCCAGUGCCUCAGGCACCCCAACCACAGAGAAAGCGUUCCGCGCAUAUUGGGACUACUUCAAGAAGAGUGAGCUGAUGAAAGGUCACCCGAUGGCUGGAGUUCCUUCCCCUUAUGACCUUGAGAGUGGCCAUAGUCACGAUCCCAACGCGGCCGGUCUGGUCUCACUACUCCAGUCAUACAAGUCGUAUGACGAUUUCAUCGGCCAGACCCCAUUCGCCAAUGACCACAUUGACGGUGGCCUGAACGCUCCGAAGGCCGAGGUCAAAGAAGUCAAUUCCGCACGAGUCAUGGAGCAGCUGUCUGGGCUUACUGCUGAGUAG